UAUUAAUAAAGGCACACAAAGUCAUCCAUCAUGGCGGGCAACGCUGAUUUUCGCCUGCUGCAAUUUGAAAACUACGAAAGCUAUCUGACUUCCUUCAUUCGCACUGAAGACUAUCGAUACCUAUCGAGCAUGACACCCGUUAGGAGGUUGGUGCGGCUCGGCUAUCGCAGCACGGCCCGGGUCUACGAGGAAGCUGAAUUCAAUAAGAUCCGAGCCAAGAUGCUGGAAUUCAUGAAUCCGAAGGUCCUAUCGAGCGUGCACUACAGCGACUACUUCAGAGGCACAGAUGCAGCGCUAGCUGCCUUAAUGCGCCGCGAGGAGCCCAAUCUGUUGCACCAACUAUCGACCAUCAUCUUUCUGCAGGUGCGUCAGCGCAGUGGCUUCGAUAUAUCGGGCUACAUUGACUAUCAGAAGAGUCUACACGACUGUACCUUUCGGAAGCCCGAUCAUACCAAUUGGCGAGCCGUAUUCGAGGGCCGUGAGCUACUCAAGCCGAAGCCAACCGAUCUGAGCUACUACGACUGGCACAAGGGCAUCGUUAACAUAACCAACUCCGAUAAUUUUGAAUCCAUCAAAGGCAGAGAUUCGUUAAUAUUCAAGCAUAAAGGCGACCACAAACUAAUACCGGUCUGUGCGAAGCCCGCUCAAUAUGGUGAGAACGUACAUCGCGUGAUGAUACUCUCGGAAUUAUAUGGUUUUAUAAUUUUAUACGAUCAUGUUAUACGUUAAAAUUCCUAUUUAAAUAAUUCG